AUGUCAAACUUAGGCUCCAAUGGGAGCUCUGAAUCAGUUGAAUCGGUCACAAUUGCCCCCAAUGCAUUAUUUCAACCUCAAUACUGUCAUGAUUCAGGUAGAAUAAGAGCCUUUCUUCGUCUAUCAAGAAUAGCUACUGAUGAUACUAUAAGACAACAUUUGAAUGAGAUCAAACAGAGAGACUGUGAAUCAUAUCUAGUGAGGAAGAUUUUCCCACAAUGGGAAGCUAGAAGUGAAUUAAUUGAUUACUGUUUCAAAUAUUCAAAGAAUUUAAGAAACUCUACUAGUCAAGGAAAGGCUGUUCCUAAAGCAGUAAACUUGCCUAGUUCUAAUGUUCAAGAGAAUGAGACUUCAAUUGAGGAGCAAUUUGAUUUAAGGACAGAUCCAUAUGCGUAUAAAAGUCAUCAACAACAACUAGAAAGUCAAUUUACCCACUGUGAUAUGAUUGAUAAUUGGAUAAAGAAUGAACAAAGUGUAGAACAAAUAUUAAGACAAGAAACCAUAAAAGUAUUUAAUGAUAAAUGUUAUCAGAAAGAUUGGACUAAAGAUAUUCAGAAGUUCAGGUAG